CCAAUCAUCAACAAAGGCACUGUCUCUUCUCGGUUUCCUCUCCCUCUCUCUCUCACCGGGAAAAAUGGCCGCGCUGCAACAAUCGCCGAUCACAUUCCAGUCCAGAGUGCCGCCGGCAACUCGGGCCACCGCCAAGCUCCAGGCUCGCAAGCCUCUGAACCUCUCGUUCUCCGGCGGCUUCUCCUCCCUCAAAAUCCCCAAAUUCGCUGUCAAAAAGUUCCGCCGCGGCGGCGCCAGGAUGGCGGAUACCGCCUCACGAAGUUACGCCUCGGCGCUCGCGGAUGUCGCGAAGUCGAACGGAACGCUGGAGACGACCUCGGCGGACAUGGAGAAGGUGGAUGAGAUCUUCUCCGAACAGGUGUACGAAUUCUUCCUAAACCCUACCGUCGACAUCGAGAAGAAACGGAAGGUGAUCGACGAGAUCGCGACGGAGUCUAGCCUGCAGCCCCACACGGCGAACUUCCUGAACAUCCUGAUCGACAUGAAGCGGAUCGAGCUGGUGAAGGAGAUCGUGAAGGAGUUCGAGGUGGUGUACAACAAGCUGACGGACACGGAGCUGGCGGUCGUGAGCUCGGUGGUGAAGUUGGAGUCGCAGCACCUGGCGCAGAUCGCCAAGGGCGUGCAGAGACUGACGGGAGCGAAGAACGUGAGGAUCAAGACGGUUAUUGACCCGUCGCUGGUGGCCGGAUUCACCAUCAGGUACGGCAGCUCUGGCUCCAAGCUCAUCGAUUUCAGCGUCAAGAAGCAGCUCGAAGACAUUACCGCUCAGCUCGACAUUGGAGAAAUUCAACUCGCCGCAUGAAUUACAUAAAUUUUGUUUUUUUUUUUAAAUUUUGGGGUUUGUUGUAUUUGUGUUGAUUGAUUCACGUCUUGCACCUUUUUUUGUUUCGCUUGUUCUAAAUUGUAAUUUGGAAACGUUCAUUCUCAAUGAAUAUCGUUACAUUAGCGAGAUUAAUAGUAAAAUCGUUCCGAAAAUUAUCUUAA